UCCAAAAUUUCUCCGGCUGAAAACAAAAACAGCAUGCAGCAGCGGCCUCCACCACUACAGCCUCCGUCACCACAGCCGCCACCACGGCCACUUCAAUAUCCACCUUCUGCUGCACAAAGGACCUGAACAUUUCCAUGGUCACAGUUCAGACUGUACCAUCAUGAGUCCAGUCCUGCUGCAGGGAUGAAGGGAUGGAGCUCUGCCUCCUCCGCCUCUAUGAAGCCAGUGUACAUGGUGGCAUGUGGCUGGGAUUAAGAAAUUUCACUGUGGAUUAAAAUCUUUCCUCCAUGGUCCCUCGCUCACAGGAGAAAAGAGUCUGAAGAGAAAACUCUGGGCCGAUGGUCUCACUGAGCAGCUCCAGGAUGUUCCAGCUGCUCCAGGGCCACCUCCAGCCAGCUGCUCACCGGACACUUAAAUCUCGUCUGGUCACUAAAGAUGGCCGCUGCAACAUUGAGUUUGGGAACAUCGAGUACAGUAAUCACUUUGCGUACCUGCUGGACUUCUGGACCACCUUUGUGGAGAUCCGCUGGCGCUUCGUCCUGCUCCUGUUUGUGGCGUCGUUCGCCGGCAGCUGGUUCAUCUUCAGCCUGCUGUGGUACUGGAUUGCCAAAAGCAACGGAGACCUGACGGGACAGAACCGCACGGACGGACACGUCCAGUGUGUCGACAACGUAAAUGGCCUCACUACGGCCUUCCUCUACUCUCUGGAGACCCAGACCACCAUCGGGUACGGAGGCCGGGCUCUGACCGGACACUGUGCCGGCACUGUGGCUCUGAUCAUCGUCCAGUCUCUGAUAGGUGUCUUCAUCAACUGCUUCAUGUGUGGCGUCAUCCUGGCCAAGAUCUCCUUACCAAAAAAACGAGCAAAGACGGUGACCUUCAGCGACACUGCUGUUAUCUGCUUAAAGAAAGGAAGUCUAUGUCUUCUCAUUAGAGUCGCCAACCUUCGAAAGACCUUACUAAUCGGCAGCCAGAUCUAUGGCAAGCUGCUGAGGACAACCACCACAGCAGACGGAGAGACCAUCAUCCUGGACCAGGUGGACAUUGACUUCACGGUCGACGCCGGCAAAGAUAACUUGUUCUUCGUUUGUCCUCUGACUCUCUACCAUGUGAUCAACACAUCCAGUCCGUUCUAUGAGCUGUCAGCCGACUCUCUGCCACAGCAGGACUUCGAGCUGGUUGUCUUUUUGGACGGGAUGGCCGAGUCCACAAGUUCUGCCUGUCAGGUCCGAACCUCCUACGUCCCUCAGGAGAUCAAGUGGGGAUACAGCUUCCUGCCCAUCAUCUCGCGCACCAAGAUGGGGAAGUACCAUGUGGAUUUCUCAAACUUUUCAAAAAGUGUUCGGGUCACCACGCCACACUGCGUCCACUGCUUUGAGACGGACUCGGACCACAGGAAACACAACAACCAGGAGAAGGGGGGCAUCGACAACCUGGGCUUCCAGGUGAUCGACAUCCACGACUCUGUGGACGUCACAAAAAUGUGAGCGGUUAAAGAAACUCGAUCUCAGAGUGAAAGUAAAGGGUGACAAUUGACUCAGGGUCAAAGUGUUCAUCACUUCCUGCUUCACUGCUAGAUGAAGAAUGUUUCACCUCCAAAGGCAGAAACAUUAAAGUUAUUAAACUGAGUGGAUAAAAUUCAGACAUGAGACAUGAGCUCUUGAUCAGCAGCUCGUUACAUUCAGAGCACCUUCAGGACUGGAUGUGUGUCAGAGGGACAAAGAGGGGCUGAAGUGUAGAAGUGAAAGGAGUCGUACUGUGGAGGCACAGUGGGGACUCCAUGAGGAGA